GCGCUGGCUCAGAGUCAUCUCGCGUCAUCUUGUGUAGUUCGCACUUCCUCGCAGCGAGUCGCUGCCAGUCCCAGCGCCUGGCUCAGGAUGCAGCCGGUGCCCUCGGCACUAUGAGUGAACGCUCCAACUUAACAUAAUAAUGGACAAUUCGAGAGACAAUGGGAGCAUUGUCCCAUCCCUUACAGAUUUGGAAGGUUUUCUUACAGAGCACAAUUCUAAUGUUGUGUGGCUUUUUGUUGCCACAAUCCUAUCAUGUGGAUGGAUAAUUUAUCUGACUUACUACAAUUCCCGUAAUUUAGGACUGAUACUGACUCUGGUUCUUAACAGGCUCUAUAAAAAUGGAUAUGUCCACAUUGGUUCGUUUUCGUUCUCUGUACUAUCUGGAAAGGUCAUGUUUCGUGAAAUAUAUUAUAUCAAUGAAGACGUGUCUAUCAGAAUCCAAGAUGGAUUUCUCAUAUUCAGAUGGUGGAAAAUGUACAAUCCUAAACAGAAGCAGCAUGAUCCAAAAGCAGAAACUAGAUUGUAUAUAACAGUGAAUGGCUUUGAAUUCCAUGUUUACAAUCGUUAUGACCUGUAUGCGCAUUUGCAAGAACUGUUUGGAUUGGAACCAACAAUCAUUCCCAAAAGAGAGAAUACAAAAAUGAAGAAAAACCGGGAGAAACCAAAGUCUAAGCUUGAAAGCAUUAAAACUGAAACACAAGACCCCUCAUCAUCCUGGCGAUCACUCAUUCCAGUUAUUAAAGUUGAUAUCAGUACAGGUCGUUUGGCAUUUGGAAACCGCUUUUUGCCUCAGACGCUGUGCAUAAAUUUUGAUGAUGCUUUCCUGACAUAUACUACAAAACCACCUUCUAGCCAUCUUGACCAAUUUAUGCACAUUGUGAAGGGAAAAUUGGAAAACGUUAGAGUCAUGCUGGUUCCUAGUCCAAGACAUGUUUCCCUGCAAAACGAUGAACCACCUCGUUUGAUGGGAGAGGGUUUUGUCGUAAUGCAAUCAAAUGAUGUCGAUAUUUAUUACUACAUGGAUGAACCAGGUGUUGUACCCGAAGAAACGGAUGAAAAUGCUGAAGAGAGUCCAGGCAGUGAAAGUACAAAAUUACAAGAUUUACCACCAUGUUGGGGACUGGAUAUUGUUUGUGGUAAAGGAACGGAUUUCAACUAUGGACCAUGGGCAGAUAGACAAAGGGAAUGUUUAUGGAAGUUUUUCUUUCCAGCUGACUAUCAAACACUGAAGGUCACUGAAUUAGCAAAGCCUAGAAAGCCAAGGCAGAUUCUUGCAUUUGAACUACGCAUGAAUAUCAUUGCAGAUGCCACCAUUGAUUUACUUUUUACAAAGAACCGGGAGACCAAUGCCAUACAUGUAAAUGUUGGAGCAGGUUCCUAUUUGGAAGUUAAUGUUCCUAUGACAGUAAGUGAAAAUGGCUUUUCACCAACUAUUAAAGGUCAGCUUCUCCACGUGGAUGCAACUAGUAGCAUGCUGUAUCGAACUCUGUUGGAGGCAGAAAUGUUAGCUUUUCAUCUCAAUGCUUUCUAUCAAAGGAUAUGGAACAUGCCUCAAGAGUGGCAGUGUGAAAUUGAAGUAUACAAAGCAACAUACCAUUUCAUCUUUGCCCAGAAGAACUUCUUUACUGAUUUAAUACAGGAUUGGGCUAGUGAUAGCGCCCCUGACAUCUACUCGUUUGUUCCAUACACUUGGAAGUUGAAAAUGAUGUUCCAUCAGUUUGAGAUGGUAUGGGCAGCAAACCAACACAACUGGGUAGAUUGCUCUACAAAACAACAAGAAAAUGUAUAUUUAGCAGCAUGUGGAGAAACACUGAACAUUGACUUCUCAUUACCUUUCAAUGACUUUGUCCCUGAAACAUGCAACACAAAAUUUUGUUUGAAGGCAGAAAAUAUGGAUUUACGUUUAUUUCUCCCAGACUGCCACCCUAGUAGGUAUGCUACUGUUACAUUAGUAAAUGAUUCCCAGCCCAACAAAGUGACUCCUCAAGCUGCUUCUUCAAAUGAGACUCAAGCUACUCAUAAAAUAGGAAAACUAAAAUGGCGCAAUGUUACUCAGCCAGAGGUUGAUUGGAUUGAGUGCUGGUCUGUUCCAAAUAUCCUACUCUGCAUUGACUAUACAUGGCAUCCCAUCUACCCUCAGAAAGCUGAUGAACAGUUGAAGCAAAGCAUAUUUGAAAUGCAGCAAUUGACAUCAAGAUCAUCACAGAAGGCUGCUGAAAGAACAUUGCAUUCUCCUUCAGUUUCACAAAGGUUGCGUAUUGAUCCAUGUGAACUUGCACCUGAUAAACUACAUGUGGAGCUAGAAAUGUCUCCAGAUUCUCAAAUCAUUCUGUAUGGGCCACUCCUGAAGGCGCUGUUAUCUAUCAAGGAAAACUACUUUGGAGAAGAUGACAUGUAUACUGAUUUUGAAGAAGUGGUCACAAGCCCUGUGCUGUCAUUAUCAACAUCUUCUAGUUCUGGAUGGCCAGCGGUUGGAGUUGAAGAAAAUGAGAAAAAGGAAGCAGAGAGUGGAGGCAAGCAAGUCCACCCGCUUACACUCCGCCCAUGGGACAUCUCUGUUCUUAUUAAUUUGUACAAAGUGCACGGAAGACUUCCAGUGCAUUGCAGCAGUGAUGGUUCAGAGUGCCCAACAGCAUUUCUGGAGAAACUUUGUUUUGAAAUGAAGAAGGUAUACAAAGAGACAAUGCUACAGCUUAUAUUGUCACCUGUCUAUGUUUUUGUGAGCGACAGCUACCCGAGGCCAUCCGUGGAUGGGCUACUUCGUGAAGGUCAUAUCAGCCUGUCUGGACUGCAGUUACGGGCCCAUGCCAUGUUCUCAGCAGAGGGGCUACCUCUAGGCUGCGCAACACUAGAAUAUUCAUGGCUGAUUGAUGUGCAAGCGGGUCUGCUUACUGCUAAAGUAACCUUGCCACAGCUGGCCACUCUGCUAGAGUGGGGACAGACAUUCAUCUUUCACGUGAUGUGUCAAGAAUAUGAAUUGGAAAGGCCCAAAUCUGUUGUCUUAUGUCAACAUGGUGUUGAUCAACGUUUCUGUGAAUUAAAGCUGAAAAGUGUGCCUGGGCCGUGUCAACGAUCAGAAGAACUGAAAUACACUAUGACUCGGGUAGCAGUUGAUGGAGCAGAUCUCUUUGUUGUAGAACAUGGUUGUGCAGCCAGUAUAAAGAUAGGGGCCAUUCGCAUUGCUACUUGUAACCUUCAUAACCAAGCAGUUGGAGAAGGAGUAAGUGCUGUUAUACAAGAUGUUCAGCUUAGGCAAUAUAUUGAACAAUUUGAAAACUGUAAGCUUGGAAUUCAACCCACUGUACUCCGUCGAUCAUGUUGGCUAGAAGCUGGUUCAGUAAAUUUUGGAUUAAUCACAGCAGAUGUGGCUUUGGCUGCAGACCAUCCUGCAAAACAUGAAGUGCAAAGGCAAUUCUUGGAAAUUCAUGAUAACCGAACUAAAAGACUGUGGUUUCUCUGGCCAGAUGAUGAGGUCAAAAAUAAACGAGUCAAGAACAAGUGUGGGUGCCUUAGUGGUUGUAAGUUCUACGCAGGCAUGGCCUCAGGACUAGACUUCUUCAAACUGGAUGAAAUUACCCCAUCCACCAGUUCUGCUUUCUCUACCAUAAUCGCAGAAUCAGAUAUGUUCUAUGGGCAAUCACUGCUGCAUCCAAAUGAAUGGAUUAUUACCAAGGACAUUUCAAAGUCUGCAGAUGGUAAGGCAAAUGGGACAAAAAGAAAAGAGUGGGACUCCAGAUCGUUGGGAACUGAUUCAGAGAGAAAGAACCAGUACCACAGUUUGCAGGUCCCUUUACGAUCUCACAGUUCAACAUCCUCCUCUGAAGAAAACAGUAGUUCUACUGCUGCACUUCCUUUGUUGGCAAGUGAAAAAAACAGUCCUUCCUCUAACGCUGAUGACAGUGUUCUACAGAUGCAUAUUCCUGUUUUGAGUACAAACACCGAAGAAACUGUUGGAAAUGAUCCAACAGAUGUUUCAGGAAGCACUCCAGUUUCUCCCAAUAAUCAAGAUAGAACUUUAGUCCGUUCUCCUUUGAAACGACAAGCCUCUGUCUCUUCUACGCGGCUUGGGAGUACAAAAAGUUUAUCAGCAGCCGUUUUUGGUGAGCGGCAGCCUACAACAAUGGGUGUACAAUUCACCAGCGAAGUGUCCCGCAGUGAUGAGAAUGUUUUGGAUUCUCCUCGUCAGCGGAGGAGCUUUGGAUCCUUCCCCUUCACUCCAUCAGCAGAUUCUAACACUUUCCAUCAGUAUCGAUCAGUUGAUUCCAGCAUAUCUGUAGCUGAAAGUGAGGCAUACUUUUCAGCAGCUGAGGACUUUGAUCCAGUCAGUAGUGAUGAAGGUCCAGGAACCUACCCAGGAAGAAAGAAGAGGCGUCGUACCCAAGCAGUUGACUAUAGCAGGAAUACAAUUUAUCGUAGUGUAGAGGGACCAUUAAAUAGUUCUGUUAGUGGAGAUAGCCAAGAGCUGAAAAACUAUCCUAUACAAGCUCAUGCCUCUCAGGCCUCUUUUGUAUCAGCUCUUGAAGGGGAUGAGGAAUCAACUGAUCAUAUACACACUGUGGAAGGAGAAAAAGCUGCAGAUAGCAAACAGCUGUCGAGUCAGCAGAUUGUGAUGUCUUGUUACCUAAAUUACCUUACACAACUGCAGGUAUCCAACUGGUCAGUAAAACAGCCAACAAACAAAAGAACAUCAAAAUCUUCACUGCAUCGCCCUUUGGACCUUGACACACCAACCAGUGAAGAGAGCUCAUCUUCAUUUGACCAGCUUUCUGUACCUAUGUUUAAGGUGAUUAAACAAGGUCUUGCAGCAAGUGCAUUACUUGACAGAGGUGCUCAACUAAUGGGAUCAAAUUCAAGUACUCCUUACACUCCACUGGAAAAAACAGCAAUGGAAAACACAGAUGAUACAGUUACUGAGCAAUGGAGUCUUGAUCAUCCCGUAUCUCAGACCAGAACCACUGCCAUAGUAGAAGUAAAAGGAGCGGUGGAUAUUGUCCUUACCCCACUUGUGACAGAAGCCUUUGACAGAUAUUUUGAAGCAAUGGUUCACUUUUCUAGCAUUUGGCAUCCUGCUGCAAUUGUGGAUGAUCUGCAUGCUAAAGUGCUGAAGGAGGCAUAUUUGAACAGCAAAUCAGCUAGUUCAGAAUUGACAACUGCAAAGCACGAAGGGCGAGCCUCCAAAAUAGAAAAUGGUACAACUGGUAUAACCAAAUCUGGCCAGACACGGACAAAUACCGAAACUAAACAAGAUAAUGUGAAAAUCAAGGGUCUUCAAGCUAACGUUUCCAUACCAAAGGUGAAUUUAUGUCUUUUGCAAGCAUUAGUGGAAAAACCUCCAACGUUCAGCGUAAACAAGAAUGUUACUCAGGUUUCUCUGGUUGCACUGUGUUUUGACAGAAUUUCUACACAAAUUCUGAUGAACAGGGGUAUAGUAGAAGAUGGAACCAACAAUCCUGAUGCAGGCAGAGCAUCUGUCGCAUUUGAUAAGUAUGUAAAUGCUAAUAAGAUGCAACCACAGUCAUCGGGCUCCCUGAGGUCAAACUCAGGAGCAGAGAGGGGAAAGGAGCUAGCAGCCAAGCUUGAUGUCCAUCGCAUACAUGGUCAAUUAAGAGGUCUUAGCACAACAGAUUUAGGAAUAUGCUCAAUCACUGCAAUCCCCUUUGAGAAGUCAAAAGUUCUUUUCACAUUAGAAGAAUUGGAAGAUUUUGUUUUUAUGGAUGAUGCGGAACUGCUUAAAGCUGCAGACACAACUAAAACUCCUCAGAGUAUGGAGAAGUGGGGAUGGAUAAUGUUUGAAUGUGGAAUUGAAAAUUUAACCAUAAAAGGAGGAAGGCAGUCAGGAGCUGUUUUGUACAAUGUUAUGGGUGUUCUUGGGAAAUCAAAUACAGCAGAAAGGAACGGUAUGCUGAAAUCAGGUGACUCUACUGGUUCUCCAACUGGCAGUGGCUAUAGCACUGAUGUAUCAGAAGAUAACCUCCCUCGUGACGAAAGAAGCCCAACUUCAGAUAUCAAUGGGAAUUCAGCAUCUGAUGAUCAGGAUGAAGGGGUAGAGUCUGAUGAUCUUAAAAAGGAUCUUCCUCUGAUGCCACCGCCCCCUGAUUCCAGCAGCAUGAAACUUACUAUUAGCGAAAUUUGGUUCAGCUUCGCUGCUCCAACCAAUUUACAUUCACGUGUUCAGACUUAUUCCAGGCAGCUAAACCUUUUAAGCACAGCUACUCCAGCUAUUAGUGCCUGGCUUAUUCCUAUUGAUCAACUGAAAUCCUCCUUGAAUAAAUUGGAAGUGGAAAGAACUCUUCGUGUGUGUGCUGUGAUGGGCUGCAUCAUGACAGAGGCUCUAGAGAGGAAGAGUGUACAUUUUCCAUUGAAGAGCAAGUACAAUAGGGUUACUAAAUUAGCUCGGUAUCUACAAGAAAACCCUUCCUGUUUACUUUGCAAUAUACUUCAUCGGUACCUGCAGCAGGCAGACUAUUCUGUCAUCGAGGAUGCCACAAUGAACAAUGGCCUUCCUGCUCUGGUCACUCUAAAAAAGGGUUUGGUAGCAUUAGCAAGACAGUGGAUGAAGUUCAUAGUUGUCACUCCAGCUUUCAAAGGAGUUAGUUUACAGCUUAAGCCGGCACAACUUCGAAAGCCACAACCAGCAUCACAGAUUGAUCGUCAAGUUUGUGGCUUGGACAAUGGAGGAGCCAUACAAAGUGACACAAGUGCUGAUGGGGCAGAAUUUGAAUUUGACGCUGGUAAUUCUACAGUUAGUGAACACACCAUGCUGUUAGAGAGUAGCCGUCCACCAGCGGGUGGCAUCUCCUCCGGACCAGUAACUGGCUCUGACAUCAUGAGAAAGUUAUCCAAAACAAAUGCUCAUGCACAUGAAUCCACACUUAAAAUAAAAGGUGUCCACCCAUACCAGUCCCUCAGCUACACGAGUGGAGAUACAGUAGCAGACUCACCAGCUCAUGUCAGCCGUGCAGGAUUACCGACAAGAGAUAGUCCUAGAAAGGAAAGUCUACUGAGCUAUCUGACUGGGAGCUUCCCUAGUCUCCACAAUCUUCUUGAAGGAACUCCACAACGCAGUGCAACAGUAAUUAAAAGCAGUUCACUUACACGGCCAGGGAAUGCUGUCGCUGCAGAGAUGUUAUCAGAACAUCCACUAUUGGCUGAACCAUCAUCAGUCAGUUUCUAUAAUUGGAUGUCAAAUGCUGUGAGUAACCGAGGAAGCAUUACUCAAGAAUCACCAGUGCCCAGGUCUGGACAUAACAGUCUUCCAACAGGUUUGACAUAUAAUCUUCCUACAAUACAAUCUGCAUCUGACUUCAACACAGUGCUGUCGAGUGAUCAGAACACACUGGAUGGCACACAGUCUCAGAACAGCACUAGUCAGGAUGAAAUUGUUGAUAUUGAGGAGGGUAACCAGGGCCCUCCUGCUGUUCAGUUGGCUGAUGCACAGGUAGUCUUUAAACCUUUACUGAGUAAUACAGGAAUACAAUCGCAAGAUAUUGUACCUUUAACUUAUGGAAUGUAUUUUGGGGAACAUUUGUCAUUCUCUGGAAGUUUAGACUGUCUCAGGGCAGAUAUUGUUGAUUCUGAUACAUCCAAAGAGAGAAAGAUCAGAAGAAAAAGAAGACAGGGCAUGAUAAACCUUCCACCUCUUGACUUCAAACCUGCACUGAUGUUUGAUACCUUCAGCAUAAAUGCCGUUGUGAUGGACAGACCAUCUUCAAACCGAAACUCAACUAAUGCCCUUGCUUUCCAUGAACUUAGUAGGCAUCAUCAAAACACCUUUCAUGUUAACUUCACUAUCUCCUGUCAAUCUAUCAGCCAGCAUGUGGACAUGGCAUUAGUUCGUCUCAUUCAUCAAUUUAGCACAAUGAUUGAUGACAUAAAGGCCACUCAGACAGACAUUAAACUUAGCAGAUACACAGCUGGGUCUGUAUCUCCCACACCAACAUUUAAAACGCGCAAACAUCGGGAUUUUCGUUCAUCAGAUUUCAGUCGCAGUUCUCGAGGCAGUCUUAAUGGAGGUGUCAGAGGAAAUAGUACUAAGGCAAAUAAAAUACUUGGAAAUGAGAACAAUAAAAGAGAGUCACGCAAUAAAAAUUCAUCAGGGCCGACACAAAGGAGAACCUCAAAGGUUUCCAGGAAGGGAUCGAAGGAUGUGGUAGACCAUGUGACUAUUCAAAUGGAUGACUCUGACUCGAUCACAGUGUCUGAGCAAAGUGAACCUUCUGCAGAGUGCUGGCAGAAUAUGUACAAACUGCUUAACUUUUAUUCAUUAAUCUCUGAUCCAACGGGCAUCCUUGAAAAAUCUUCUCCUGAUGUAUUGGGCCCUACAGAUACAGGUGGUAGAAGUCCCACUGAACCUGGUUGCAGAGUAAUUUUUGAAAAUGAACAGGAUUGCUCAAGUCCGAACAGACUAUCAAGGAAGCGCAGCUUAGUAAGUGCUGAACCCCAGCAUGUCACCCUCAUAGUGUUUGGAGUUGGUAUAGUGAACCGCACUCAUCUAGAGGCAGACAUUGGAGGCUUGACAAUGGAGGCAGAGCUUAAGAAGAUCCAUGGAAGUUUUACAGUAAAAGAGAAAAUGAAAGAUGUUUUGCACCAAAAGAUGACUGAAACUUGUGCAACUGCUCAUAUAGGUGGUGUAAACAUAGUCCUGCUGGAAGGCAUUACACCUAACAUUCAGCUGGAGGAUUUUCCUACUUCACCUACAAGUACAGCCAAACAAGAAUUUCUAACGGUAGUUAAAUGCAGUAUUGCCAAAUCUCAGGCUCUUUAUAGUGCCCAGAGAGGAUUGAAGACCAACAACACAAUGGUUGUAAAAGUAGGAGCCAUUAGCAUCAAUAUCCCACAGCACCCUGCCACACUGCAUAGCAUGAUGGUUCGGAGUUCUCAUCAGCUCUCCAAGCAGAUUUCUGAUCUCAUUCGUCAGCCAUCAACAUGUAUACCAACGCCAAAGGAAGAUAUUUACACUCCACAGGUCCCUGAGAAGCCUGUGUCAAGUGUCAAUCAAACUCCUGUUGAAACAAAUGAAUUUCCUCAGCUGCCAGAGGGUUUGGAGAAGAAGCCAAUUGUACUUAAAUUUAGUGCCUUGUUGGAUGGUAUUACCAUUGGUGCAGCACUACUGCCAUCUCUUAAAGCAGAAUACAAAAUGGGCAGGAUGAAAAGCCAUGGAAUGACAGGAGCCCAAACUAGGUUCACAUUUGAGCUGCCCAAUCACAGACUGCGCUUCCAGUCAAAAGUGACACCUGUUGAUAUGGCAACAUUACCUCCAUCUGCCAGCCUUAACCUACCACAAGUCACCAUGUCUGGAGAAUACAUCAUGGAGGAGCACGAGAGUUACCCAGACAAAUCCUGGAAUGGAGACGAAUUCCCAUUGAAACAAGGCAAUUACCUGCAGGGAAACUAUUUACGUUGUGUUGCUGAGGUUGGUUCCUUUGAACACAACUUGACAACAGAUCUUUUGAAUCAACUAGUCUUUGUACAGAAAGUUUUCAUGAAAGAGGUCAAUGAAGUUAUUCAGAAAGUCUCCGGAGGGGAGCAACCUAUCCCACUGUGGAAUGAGCAUGAUAUUUUAAUGGAUGGAGAAAAGCCAAAAAUUCUGCUGUACUCUUUGAACCUGCAAUUUAAGGGUAUCCAAGUUACAGCAACUACGCCUUCCAUGAGAGCUGUAAGGUUAGAGACUGGAUUAAUUGAACUGGAACUUUCAAAUCGCAUCCAAACUAAGGCUCAGCCUGGUGCAGGCCGUAACAGCAGCUAUCUGAAACUGUUUGGUAAAUGUCAGGUUGAUUUAAACCUGGCAUUAGGACAAAUUGUCAAACAUCAGGUCUAUGAAGAAGCUGGUUCAGAUUUUCAUCAAGUAGCAUAUUUCAAAACACGGAUUGGAUUGAGGAAUGCACUGCAAGAAGAGAUCAGUGGCGCUUUCGAUAGGGAAGCUGUUCUCAUCACACUUAGUCGACCAAUAAUAUAUGCACAACCUGUGGCCUUUGACAGAGCUGUCCUUUUCUGGCUGAACUACAAAGCUGCUUAUGACAACUGGAAUGAACAGCGAAUGGCACUACACAAGGACAUUCAUGUGGCUACAAAGGAAGUAGUUGACAAACUGCCUGGAAUUCAGCAAACGUCUGCUCAAGCAUUUGGCACUCUCUUUUUGCAGCUGACUGUGAAUGAUUUGGGCAUCUGCUUACCUAUCACCAGCACUAUGCAGGGUAAUCACAGUAUUGAUUUUGAUCCUGGGUCGGCUAUGGUUCUUACCAUUGAGAGCACUUUGAUCACUGCUUGCUCAUCUGAAUCCCUAGUCAGCAAAGGUCAUUUCAAAAAUUUCUGCAUACGAUUUGCUGAUGGAUUUGAAACUAGUUGGGAUGAUUGGAAACCAGAACUUCAGGGAGAUAUAGUAAUGAAUGCCUGUGUUGUACCAGAUGGGACAUAUGAAGUAUGUUCACGGACUACUGGACAGGCUGCUGCAGAUAGCAGUAGUGCAGGAACCUGGACACUGAAUAUUUUAUGGAAAAUGUGUGGUAUUGAUGUGCAUAUGGAUCCCAACAUAGGAAAAAGGCUCAAUGCCUUGGGUAACACAAUGACAACUCUGACAGGUGAGGAAGAAAUUGAUGACAUCGCUGACCUGAACUCGAUCAACACAGUUGACUUAACAGAUGAGGAUGAAACUGACAGCAUGUCUCCCACUGUCAUCACUGAAACCACUGAACAUCGAAGACAGGGUACGACUGGGAGCCAAGCAGCAGAUUCAAGAGGAAGAAAGUUUGUUAAACGUUUAGUGGACAUCAGGGAAUUGAAUGAACAAGCCAAAGUUAUUGAUGAUCUAAAAAAACUUGGUGCCAGUGAAGGAACAAUAAACCAAGAAAUUCAGCGUUAUCAACAGCUAGAAUCUGUUGCUGUUAAUGACAUCCGUCGAGAUGUUCGGAAAAAACUACGCCGAUCCAGUAUGAGGGCAGCGUCUCUUAAAGAUAAAUGGGGUCUAGGCUAUAAGCCCAGCUAUAACAGAUCAAAAAGUAUCUCAGCCUCUGGAAGACCACCUUUGAGAAGACUGGAAAGGACAAGUUCUAGAGUUGGUGAGGCAGAAGACCCUAAUGAAGUUCAAACUCCAGAACCACCUGGAACAGGAACAGGGCCAAGAGUGACUUUUAAAGUACAGGAAUCGCUGAAUGAUACAGCUUUGGGCCUUACAAAGCAAGCCAGCACACCAAAGGAAGGGUAUUUUCAGUUCCCUGAGGAGACAGAAUUGGAUAUGUUAUCAAUCACCGUUGAUAGUCCAUCUCAUUUCUCACCCAUCAGUGAACGUUCAGUGUUUAGUUCACCCAACAGGCCAUAUGUCGUUCAACAAAGACUUGCCUUCCAGCUUGAUGACGCAAAGCGAGAAGACAGUUUGUCAUCAUCUAGUGAAGAAUCUGACCGGGAUGAAGAGUAUGAAAAAGAAAAACCACAAUACAUCAGGAGGACACCGCAUAGCACACGUAAGAAGUCUCCUGGGCUUGCUGCAGUCCAACAACUUUUUACUGAUCGAUGGCCAUCAGCAUCACUAAACAGAAAUUCCUUAAACGCUGCAACGGAAAGGAACAUUGAUUUCGAGCUUGAUGUUCGAGUUGAGAUUGAGAGUGGAAAAUGUGUUCUGCACCCAACUACCCAGCAGCUGCAGCAAGCAGAACAUGAUGAAUUCAACACUAAAAGGAGUACUGAAAAGAGUUUAAAGAAUUUGGAUCAAGAUACUCCAGCAAAGAAGAAAAAAACACAUCAGAAUUAUCCAUCAACUUCACAUUUAAUAGGUGGCAAAAAGGUGCCACAUACCCUUCAGACCAAGACUACUGAGUUUGAGAACACAGUCUUUUACAUUCCAGGAGUAGAUGUAAAGUUGCACUAUAACUCCAAGACACUAAAGACAGAUUCUCCAAACACCUCCAGAGGAUCAUCUUUGCCAAGAACUCUGUCUAAAGAAUCCAAACUGUACGGUAUGAAAGAUAGUGGUGUUGCCCCUGCAUCCUCUACUAAUUACAGCAAGGCUAACUUCCUGCUUCCUCCCCCACCCCCACCUUUACCAUCAGCCAAAGGAAAAGGAAGUGGAGGUGUGAAAACAGCAAAACUUUAUGCUUGGGUUGCUUUGCAAUCUCUUCCUGAAGAAAUGGUGAUUAGCCCUUGCCUACUGGACUUCCUAGAAAAAGCUCUGGAAACUAUUCCUAUAACUCCAAUUGAAAGGCAUUAUACAGCUCUCAGCUCCCAAGAUGAAGAUGUGGGUCAGUUUGAAGUUCAGGACGCAAUGGAGGAAUCAACGACAUCUCUAGUAUCAUCAUCUACUUCAUCGUAUUCCUCAUUUCCAGUGGAUGUUGUAGUUUAUGUGAGGGUGCAGCCUUCACAGAUUAAGUUCAGCUGUUUACCUGUAUCAAGGGUGGAAUGCAUGUUAAAACUGCCUUCACUGGACUUAGUGUUCUCAUCGAAUAGAAGUGACCUGGAAAGCUUAGGUUUCUCGCAUGCAUUUGAUGGAGCUCAGGUGUCUGCCACCGCCACUUCACUGCUUGCUCAAACAGUAUUAAAAACUGCUGCUAACAAAACAGGUUCAUCAACUGGAUUUGGAAGCCCUCUCGGAAGAAGCCGACAUAGUAGUAGUCAAUCUGAUCUUUCUUACUCCAGCACUACUGCAUCAGGCUUGAGCUUUACAGCUUGUAUGUCAGAUUUCUCUCUGUAUGUUUUUCACCCAUAUGGAACUGGCAAGCAGAAAACAACAGUAACUGGCUUGACUCCUGGAUCAAGUGCUCCUGGUGCUGUUGACGAAGAAGCCUGUUCUGUCACCGGCCGUAAGGAUUCUCUGAGUAUUAACCUUGAAUUUGUGAAAGUCAGCUUGUCCAGAAUGAGACGAUCUGGAGGGGGUUCAUUGUUUGACAAUCAAACACCAAUCAAAAUUAACAACAAAAUGGAAACCACUUUAAUUAAUAUCUCUGCUGUCUGUGAUAUAGGGUCUGCUUCCUUCAAGUAUGACAUGCGUAGACUUAGUGAGAUUCUAGCCUUUCCAAGAGCUUGGUACAGAAGAAGUAUUGCUAGGCGCCUCUUCCUUGGUGAUCAGACGAUCAACUUACCAGUUUCAGGACCUGUGACUCCAGAUUCCAUUGAAAGCCAGCAGCUUUCUCCUGAAUCAACACGCAAGGCUUACUGGCGUACCUGGGAGCAAUCAGCACAGUCUUCUAAUUACUCACAUCUAGCGCAGACAGCAAAUGUCUUCAAUGAUCACACAGCAUCUAGCAGUACAUCGCCAGCUGGUCUGAUUCACAGUGUGAAAUCCCCUUCAGCUGUCCGAUCUAGAACUAUUUCAGAUUCAUCUGCUCCAAGGAGAGAUUCCAUUACCAAACUCACUGCAUCAUCAUUUAGCAAGAAUGGAAAGACAGCAAACCAACAAACAGCGCCCUGGGAAACACUAGUUGUCUUUGCAAUCAAUCUGAAGCAGCUAAAUGUUCAAAUGAAUAUGAGUAAUGUCAUGGGGAAUACCACGUGGACAACUAGUGGAUUAAAAAGCCAGGGGCGAUUAUCUGUGGGUAGCAACAGAGACCGAGAAAUAUCAAUGUCCGUUGGUCUAGGAAGAUCUCAACUAGAUUCCAAGGGAGGAGUCGUCGGUGGCACUAUAGAUGUAAACACUUUGGAGAUGGUUUCUCACAUAUCAGAACACCCAAACCAACAACCCAGCCACAAAAUCCAGAUCACAUUGGGUUCCACUGAUGCACGAGUUGAUUAUAUGGGAUCAAGUAUCCUGAUGGGAAUUUUCAGCAAUGCAGAUCUGCAACUACAAGAUGAAUGGAAAGUCAAUCUUCAUAAUACAGUAGACUUGAGCAUGACUGAAAAAAGUGAAGUUUUUGUUCAUGGAGAUCUACAAUGGGACAUUUUCCAGGUCAUGAUCUCGCGAUCAACCACACCAGACCUCAUUAAAAUUGGAAUGAAAUUGCAGGAAUUUUUCACUCAGCAGUUUGAUACCAGCAAACGAGCCCUUUCUACCUGGGGACCUGUCCAGUACCUACCCCCAAAAACACCAGUAAUAAAUGUGGAGAGGAGCUCCAGUGAACAUUUACUAGAUGCAGCACAUCAUCGCCAUUGGCCAGAAGUGUUAAAAGUGAUUGCUGGAUGCCAGAUCUCCCUAUUCCAAAUGCCUUUGCCUGAAGAUGCAGUACAGCUGGGUGGAUCCAUGAGCUUGCAUGGAAAUCAUAUGACUCUGGCAUGCUUUCAUGGACCAAACUUCCGUUCAAAAUCUUGGGCGUUAUUCCACCUGGAGGAGCCCAACAUUGCUUUCUGGACUGAGGCUCAGAAAAUCUGGGAAGAUGGUGCCAGCGAUCAUUCAACGUACAUUGUACAAACACUGGACUUUCAUUUGGGACAUAAUACAAUGGUUACAAAGCCUGGUGGUGCUUUAGAAAGUCCAAUGGCAACAAUCACCAAAAUAACGAGACGUCGUCAUGAAAACCCACCACAUGGUGUUGCAACUGUACAGGAGUGGUUCAACUACGUUACUGCCAUGAGGAAUGAAGAGCUCAACCUCCUUCGAAAUGUUGAUGCUAACACCCAAGACAGUAAAGCAACCAUUAAAAGUUCCAAUCUGCUUAGUGGUUUCCGUGGAACUGCCAACUAUAACCAUGAGACAGAAACAAUUUUUGCCUUGCCAAGGAUGCAGCUGGACUUCAAAUCAAUACACAUGCAGGAACCUCAAGAACCGUCACUGCAAGAUCCCAACAGUAAGCCAAAGGUAGAGUGUAGCGUUGUGACAGAAUUCACGGACCAUAUUUGUGUGACCAUGGAUGCUGAACUGAUUAUGUUCUUGCAUGACCUCGUAUCUGCUUACCUCAAAGAAAAAGAGAAAGCAAUUUUUCCUCCUCGCGUUCUUGCCAUUCGACCAGGCCAAAAAAGUCCUAUUAUAACCCAUGAUGACGGCUCCACAACUAAAAGUAAGGAGGAGGUGAUCUAUACAACUGUGGACUGGAGAGAGUUUGUUUGUAAUACCUGGCACCUGGAACCCACAUUAAGAUUAAUUUCUUGGACUGGAAGGAAGAUUGACCCAGUGGGUGUGGACUAUAUUCUUCAAAAGCUGGGAUUCCAUCAUGCCAGAAUCACUAUUCCAAAAUGGGUACAGCGUGGUGUUAUGGAUCCACUAGAUAAGGUUCUCUCAGUUCUCAUUAAAAAACUUGGAGUAGCGCUUCAGGACGAAAAAGAAAAGAAAGGAAAAGACAAGGAGGAAUAUCAAAAAUAAGUUUAUUACAAGAGUAGUACAACCACUUUCAUGUUUGCUGUUGCUGUAAAUUUCAUUUACAGGUUUUAUAGUAUUCCAAAUAUUAAUUUGAGUAAUGCUUCAUCACAGUUCAGUUUCAUACAACAUUAUUAUUAGCAAAACCCAACUGGAAAAUAUGUCAUAACUUAAAGCCUGCACGACUGCUUUGUUAUGAACAAAUGUGAUUGUUAUACUUUGGUGCAUGGUACUAUUCAAAAUUAGUUAACAGAGUAUUGCACAAUUACUGUAAUGUUUGUGUGCGUGUGUGUGUGUGUGUAUAUAUAUAUAUAUAGAGAGAGAGAGAGAAAAAUAGUGGUGUCAAAGUGCUGCUUAGCAUUCCCAUUUUUAUUGUGAUUAUGUGCAAUGCAUUUAACGUAUUAUAAUUACUAAAAUGAAUACUAACUGAAUUGUCUUGCAUUUCAUUGUUCAGAAUUAAAUCCCUAUUGUUAUUCAUUUGUUGUUGAUAGUCUUUAUGCUAUGUGCAUUGUAUUGCUUUGAGAACAAAUGUGCUGUGAUUUUGGUUAAAACGCGACCAUUUUUAUUGUAAAUGCAGAACUAAAUGGUUAUGAGUUCAUCUGUGAAUUUGUCACAAAUAAAAAUACUGUUGAAUUUUAAA